GUAGGAUUUUGUACACUGGUACGCGGUCAGAGUUCAGGGUGGGGGUAGAACAUGAGCCCUUGGGUGUAUUUGUUAGACGAUGAUGUGGAAUCUCUUUAACAUCCUAGUUUAUUUGUUUCUAUUUCUUUUAAUCGUUUAACGUCCACUUGCGCCAAUAAAUACUAGAUAAUUCAAUCUAGAUUAUUAAUUAGAUAGUAAAUAGAAUUUUUUUUUCCAGUGUUUGCGGUUGGUUUUUUUAUAAUUUUGAAUUUUUUUCGCGGUUUUAAGUCAAAAUGUUUAAAUUAUUAGUGACGUGUCUUAUGAUAACAACGAUUGUUGCGGGUGUACCUAAACCCGAUGACGUUAAUUCCCGUGUGUUUGAUAAGGAACUGAGUGACCAGGAACAUUUCAUAAAAUCCCACCACAACCCAGCGUAUGAUCACGAAGCGUUUCUAGGAGAAGAUGCUAAAACUUUUGAUCAGUUGAGUCCAGAAGAAAGUUCUCGUCGUCUCGGACUGAUAGUCCACAAGAUUGACAAGAACUCAGACGGUUACGUGACUCAGGAAGAGCUCAAAGAUUGGAUCCGUUACACCCAGCAGCGAUACAUCCGCGACGAUGUCGAGCGUCAAUGGCAAUCUUACAUUACCGACGAUUCUGAAGACAAAAUUCCCUGGGAGACUUACAAGAAAAUGGUCUACGGUUUCAUGGAAGAGAAAGAUUACGACCCAAAAGUACACGAUGGCGACGAUAAUUAUUCUUAUGCUGUGAUGCUGAAACGUGAUCGUCGCAGAUGGUCAGUUGCUGAUCAGGAUGGCGAUGAUGCGUUAACUAAAGAAGAGUUUACUGGUUUCUUGCAUCCAGAAGAACGUGAUCAUAUGAAAGAUGUUAUUGUCCUUGAGACGCUUGAAGACAUUGAUAAAGAUGGCGAUGGAAAGAUUUCAUUGAUUGAAUAUAUUGGCGAUCUCUACAGACCAGACGAAAAUGAAGAAGAAGAGCCCGAUUGGGUGAAAAAUGAACGUCAACAAUUUUCUCUGUUUCGUGACAAAAACCAAGACGGUUUCAUGGACAACGAAGAGGUCAAAAAUUGGAUUAUCCCCGAGGAUUUCGAUCACGCGGAAGCCGAAGCGCGUCAUUUAAUUUACGAAGCGGACAGCGAUCACGACGAGAAAUUAACCAAAGAAGAGAUUCUAGAAAAAUACGACACUUUCGUCGGCUCACAGGCUACUGACUUCGGAGAAGCUCUUGCCCGACACGACGAAUUUUAAACUAUUAUUAUUAUUAUCGCUAUCAUUGUAUUAUUAAUGCCAUUGAAAUUACGUGCAAUCAAAAAAUGUCAUUAUUUUUCUUAUGUUUAAAUAUAUUUUUAGUGUAGACUAAUUUUGACAAUAAUCUCUGAUCAAAAGUUAAUUAUUUAUAAUAUUAAUAAUUAUAAUAACUCAUAAUAUAAGAAAUGCAUUCAUUAGAAAAUUAUCCAAUCAUUUAUUUAAAAAAAAAAAAAA